AUGUCGACCAUCGUAUCUAUCGGCGGACUUCCCUAUCCCACCGAACCGUGCGUUAUGCUUGUCGAGAUAAAUGGUUUACUCAAGGAUGAUAUCGACGACAUCUACACACUGCCUGGAGGAAGCGAUAUCGCCCGGAUAGUUUUCAAAAGACAUGAGGUCGCAAAGAAGUUCGCCGACGAUUCUGACGACUAUCACUCGAAAGUUGGCAAGUUUGCAGGCCGGAAGCUUGGUAUUUAUCUACGUGACGAGCCCGAGGCCGAACUCCUCAACGGCUUUACGAAUCGCUUAUCCGAUUUUCUCCACGCCUUCGACAACCAGAUCCUGUCGCGAACCGUUGAGAUUACGGGGUUUCCUAAAAGACACACUCUUAGCAAUCUACACCAACUUCUGGAACCCAUAUGGGAAGAUGACGAUCGAAUUGAGGGAGAAAACAAUUUAAUUCUUGCACAAGGUGGUAAACUCGACCCUAAUGACUAUCACUAUAUCGAGCCUCUUGGAAUCAUUCACGUCAAAUCCCUGAGACCAGGAGUUGGACUCGUACAGCUCAAGGAUUCCAGCUCGGCACGCCAUAUUGUGCAUAUGUUCGCUUGUACAUACUGGAAGAAUGCUACGUUGAACGCCCGUUGCGUCCCAGAUGAAGAGAUUGAAGACUUGCUCAUCAAAAGGUCAAGCCAGGAAGAUGGGGCACUCUUCGGGAAGGAUGUGAUGCUCUUCGUUACGGGUAUAGAAGCCGGCACUUCACCGAAAGAGGUUCAAGAGAUUUUCAAGGAGUUUUCCAUCCGUGAUGUCAAUAUGCCACCAGGCGACAAAACCUUCUGCUUCGUCUUCUUUAAGCAACCAGAGGCAAACGCAGUUCUUGCGCGAUUUGGAAAUGGCGUUCAGUGGAAGCGUCGCACUAUUCGAGUGAGCAUGUCGAAUAAAGAGAAGAAAAAGAAGAACAAGAACAAGUCCGCCCUUAAUGCGGUAAGCGCGACGCCUGCUGCACUUCCGCAAGACAUGACAGAUCUAAAGCUGAACAACCUCCCACAUGGUGUUGCGGACUCGAGCAUCCGCAUCAUCUUUGAAGGUUUUACGGUUUCAAAGAUCAUCGUCAAGCAGGGCUACGCCUUCGUUGGUAUUACGGCAAGCGAGGUUGAUCGCGCAAUCGAGGAAUUGAGCGGGAAGAUGGUUGGUGGCCGGAAGAUUUCUGUGAAGGUCUCCCAACGCAAGACGUAG